AUACUAUAGUGCUUUUAAAUAAGCUUUUCUUUCUCUAUGGUUGUGUGUUCCUGAAGUUAUGCCGUUAAAGAUUGUCCUUGCUUCCUCUUGGCCGUUGCCACCACCAAUCACUAAGCCAACAUUGCUUUAACAAAAAUUAACUUUUUCUUUCUCACAAUCACUUAUAUUCAUUUACAUUACUUCCACACUCCCUUCCAUUUACAACUUCCUUACCCUUUCUCAUUUUUUUCAAGGUAUUACAAAUUUUCUUACUACUACUACUUGAUGAUGCCACAAUUCUUCUUUGUCACUAUACAAAUUUUCUUACUACUACUUGUGUUUCCUCAAACUAAAUCUGAUUUAAAUUCAGAAAAGCAAGCACUACUUGAUUUUAUUACUGCAUUACAUCAUGGAGGAAAACUCAAUUGGAGUUCUAAUACCUCAUUAUGCACUUCUUGGGUGGGAGUUGAAUGCAAUCCUAAUGGCUCACAUGUUCAUUCUGUGAGGCUUCCGGGCGUUGGUUUGCGCGGUUCUCUCCCGGAAAACACCAUCGGUAAGCUACAUGGCCUUACGAGUCUCAGUCUUAGGUCUAACAGCUUGUUUGGGAACCUUCCAAGUGACAUAUUUUUCAUUCCUUCUCUAAGAUUUAUAUAUCUUCAACAUAACAACUUUUCAGGUCAUAUUCCUAACUAUUUGCCACCUCAUCUUUUGUUUCUUGAUUUGUCAUAUAACUCUUUCACUGGAAAAAUUCCAAGCAUAAUCCAAAACUUGACAUAUCUAUUAGGACUGAACCUUCAAAAUAACUCUCUUAUAGGACCUAUUCCUUAUGUUGUUGACCUUCCUAAUCUUAAGAAUUUGGAUUUGAGCUUCAACUAUUUAAAUGGUGCAAUUCCUUUAGGACUUCAUAAGUUUGAUGCAUCCUCAUUUAAGGGGAAUUUAGGGUUAUGUGGUGCACCUUUGAAACAAUGUUCUUUAGCUUCUUCCCCUACUACUAUUUUAUCUCCACUAAUAGUCUCACAAAAAGUACCUAGUGAUACCUCAAGCAAGAAAUUGAGUACAUGGGAGAAAAUUGUUAUUGCUUUGGGAGUCUUUGCAGUAGUGCUUCUUCUAGUUCUUGUAGCAAUGUUCUGCUGUUUCAAGAAAAGAGUAGGUGAACAAAAUGUAGCACUUAAAGAGAAGGGAGAGAAGCUUAUGGAGGAAUUUGGAAGUGGUGUGCAAGAAAAUAGGAGAAACAGGCUAACAUUUUUUGAAGGAUGUGCUUAUAAUUUUGAUCUUGAUGAUUUGUUAAGAGCCUCAGCUGAAGUGCUUGGUAAGGGAAGUUGUGGAACAACCUACAAAGCCAUUCUGGAAGAGGGGACCAUAGUGGUUGUAAAGAGGUUAAAGGAAGUGACAGUGGUGAAAAAAGAAUUUGAACAGCAAAUGGAGAUUGUUCAAAGGCUUCAUCACCAUCCAAAUGUGGUUCCACCUCGUGCUUACUAUUAUUCCAAGGAUGAAAAACUAGUAGUUUAUGACUACUUCACAUCUGGCAGCUUUUCCAAGUUAUUGCAUGGAACAGGUGACACCGGACGGACUCAACUAGAUUGGGAAUCCAGAUUGAAGAUCAUGGCUGGAGCUGCUAAGGGCAUUGCCCAUAUCCACUCAGCCAAUGGAAGGAAACAUGUCCAUGGCAAUAUAAAAUCAUCCAAUGUACUUCUCACAAUAGAUCUUCAAGGUUGCAUAUCAGAUUUUGGCUUAACACCUCUUACAAGUUUAUGUGUCUCACCCAAAAGUCCACCAGGCUACCGAGCACCGGAGGUGAACGAAAGCAGAAAAUACACUCAAAAGUCAGAUGUAUACAGCUUUGGUGUUCUUCUUCUUGAGAUGCUUACAGGGAAAACACCAGUUCAGUACUCAGGGCAUGAUGAUGUGGUUGAUCUUCCAAAAUGGGUGCAAUCUGUUGUUAGAGAGGAAUGGACUGCUGAGGUGUUUGAUCUUGAUCUAAUGAGAUAUUCAAACAUUGAAGAAGAUCUGGUGCAGAUGUUGCAGUUGGCAAUGGCAUGUGUAGCAGAGAUGCCUGACACAAGACCUUCAAUGGAGGAAGUUGUUAGGAUGAUUGAAGACAUAAGAGCAUCCAUUUAUUAAAUCCAGUCAACAGAGGACAAGCUCAAAUCCAUUGCCAUGUUUGAAUAGUUCUUUAGCAUCAAAAGAAAAACGCCAAUAUUUAAGCAUCUUGCCAUUUUCUUUUACCUUCACAUGUAACUUUAACUUGACGUCUAAAAUCAUACUAGUAACAGAAAAAAAAAUAUAUUAUGA